GAUUGUUUGUUAUUUAUGUUCAGUCAAAGCAAUUCGGGUCAAGGGUUCAUACAUGAAGAUCAACUUCCUAAAGUGAAUUGGUCUCAGCAUGCUAAUUUCUUAAGCCAAAAUAAAAUUUUAAGUUCAAAUUUCCUUUUCUCCUUAUCAUCGCAAAAACCUCCCGUUGAAGGAGCAAUGGGUGCACGGUUAACGGCCUUUCAAACUCAAAGAUUUCAAAAUUUGCAGAAUACACAAGUGGAUAAGGCUUGGCAUGUUCUUUCCAAUCUUCAGAUUUCUUGCAGGAAGAAUGUAAAACCUGGAAAAACUGUACUCGUUAAGAAUCUUAGUAGUAAUGUAUCUCAUGAUGUUGGAAGAAGGACUAUUUUGCAAAGCUCAUUUGACAUUGACAAGAGUUCGGAACGUAUUCAAACACAUAAAAUUUUUAGUGAAACCAAUGGCAAUAUUAGUCAACCAGGAAGGUGCGUUGGCAAUCAUAUUGCAUCGACUGAUGUUAGAGAUGUGGAAGCUGAAAAGAGUCUCACGGGGAAAAGUCAGAUUAGAACAUCUAUAGUCAACAAUUCUCAGAUUUUUGAUAGAUCAUUCAGCAGUCAUGCUGUUCAUAUUGACCAUGUAAAAGAAUCUGCAGAAAUUUUGGCUGGUGAUGUUGAUGAUGACAUACUUGAGAAUAUUGACGUGGACCAAAUAGUGGAACAGUACCAAUCAACGUGCACACCACAACCAUCAAUUUCAAAGCUUCCACCCAUUACUCCAACUGCAGAUAAAAAUUUUGCUAGACAAGAUGAGAGUUGUUUGCCACCCGAAUUGUGCUCUAACUGCAGUCAUGGUCUUCAGCUAGGAUUAUGCUCCGAAGCUGCGGCUCAUUUGCAGGAAAUGAAGGACAUGCUAAUUGUUAUAUCAAAUGAACUGCUUGACAAUGUUAAUGAACUCAGCCCGGAGCAGAUUCAAACUCUUCGCCGAGAUAGGUUACAGCUGAAUAAGCAAAUUCAGCAGCUUGAUGGGUAUCUUCGUGCCAAUUCAGUUGUUGAGGAAAGACAAAGAUCACACUAUUCUGCAUCCACGGCAGCUACCAGGCCUUUUCAAUAUGAAACACCUGAAGCAGCUACAUUAAGGACUUCAAUGAGAUGUGAUGCCCAAUUUAAUCUGCAUAAUGAGGCAGGAGGGUAUGAAAGGUGGAAUUCAUCAUCGGUUUCAUUCUCUUCGGUAGAUAGAUUUGGUGUUUCUUCAGGCCCUGUGGAGAGGGAACCAUACAUCCCUAAGUAUGCUGAAGUUAAUUAUAUUGAAGGUUCUAAUGACAAAAAGUGGAGUAGUGGGAACUUCCCUUGGGCAAAGAAGCUGGAGGCCAAUAACAAGAAAGUAUUUGGAAAUCACUCAUUUCGCCCCAACCAAAGAGAGGUCAUUAAUGCUACGAUGAGUGGUUGUGAUGUUUUUGUUUUAAUGCCAACUGGAGGGGGAAAGAGUCUGACAUAUCAGCUCCCUGCUCUUAUUUGUCCAGGUAUAACGUUGGUAAUUUCUCCCCUCGUGUCACUUAUCCAAGAUCAGAUAAUGCAUCUAUCACAGGCAAACAUACCUGCUGCUUACUUAAGUGCCAAUAUGGAGUGGACAGAACAACAGGAGAUUCUGAGAGAACUAAGUUCUGAUUAUUGUCAGUACAGGCUGUUAUAUGUCACACCAGAGAAAGUUGCCAAAAGUGAUGUUCUUUUGCGGCAACUAGAAAGUUUACAUGCUCGUGAGUUGCUUGCCAGAAUUGUUAUUGAUGAAGCUCAUUGUGUGAGCCAGUGGGGGCAUGAUUUUAGGCCAGAUUAUCAGGGUCUUGGUAUCUUGAAACAGAAGUUCCAGAAUACUCCAGUAUUAGCUUUAACGGCUACUGCAACAGCGAGUGUAAAAGAAGAUGUUGUGCGAGCUCUAGGCCUUGUCAACUGCAUUGUUUUCCGGCAAAGUUUUAAUCGCCCAAAUUUAUGGUAUUCCGUUAUCCCCAAGACUAAGAAGUGUCUGGAUGACAUUGAUAAAUUCAUUAAAGAAACACACUUUGAUGAAUGUGGAAUCAUAUAUUGUCUUUCAAGAAUGGACUGUGAAAAAGUAGCUGAAAGGUUACAGGUCAAAUGUGGACAUAAAGCGGCAUUUUACCAUGGCAGCAUGGAUCCAGCUCAACGUGCCUUUGUCCAAAAGCAAUGGAGCAAAGAUGAAAUCAAUAUAAUAUGCGCUACAGUGGCAUUUGGAAUGGGUAUCAACAAACCGGAUGUACGCUUUGUAAUUCAUCACUCUCUCCCAAAAUCUAUUGAAGGCUACCAUCAGGAGUGUGGUCGAGCUGGUAGAGAUGGUCAGCGUUCAUCUUGUGUGUUGUAUUACAGUUAUAGUGACUAUAUACGAGUUAAGCAUAUGAUUAGCCAAGGAGUAGUAGAACAAAGUCCAUUGGCAUCUGGAUAUAGUCGUGUCAAUGUAGCUAAUCCAGGGAGGAUACUGGAAACAAAUACUGAAAAUCUUUUGCGCAUGGUCAGUUAUUGUGAAAAUGAUGUUGAUUGUCGACGUCUCCUACAGCUCAUUCACUUUGGAGAAAAGUUUGAUUCUGCAAACUGCAGAAAAACAUGUGACAGUUGUUUGAAGAUUAAAAGUUUUAUUGAGAAGGAUGUCACAGAUGUUGCAAAGCAAUUGGUUGAACUGGUGAAGUUAAUGGGGCAGCAAUUUUCAUCAUCUCAUAUUUUAGAAGUCUACAGGGGCUCCUUAAGUCAAUUUGUCAAGAAACACAGACAUGAGACUUUGAGCCUGCAUGGCGCUGGGAAACGUCUAGCCAAGGGUGAAGCUUCCCGUAUAUUGCGUCAUCUUGUUAUUGAGGAUUUUCUUUUGGAAGAUGUCAAGAAAAGUGACUUCUAUGGAUCUGUAUCAUCAGUUUUAAAGGUGAACGAGUCCAAAGCUAAAAAUCUCUUCUUUGGUGGGCAGACAAUCAUACUAAGAUUCCCUUCCACUGUAAAAACAUCUAAUCUGAGCAAAUAUGAAGCAACUCCAGCAAAAGGCUCACUGACUUCUGGGAAGCUAAGUCCUCCACAAAUUGACACUCUUGCCCAGCCUCAAUCUGAAGUAGACUUGAAUCUCUCGGCCAAACUAUAUUCAGCUCUGCGAAUGCUUCGAACUAUUCUUGUCAAAGAAGCUGGCGAGGGGGUCAUGGCUUACCACAUAUUUGGUAAUGCUACGCUGCAGCAUAUCAGCAAAAGAAUUCCCAGAACAAAGGAAGAACUUCUUGAGAUCAAUGGCAUUGGCAAGGCUAAGGUAAGCAAGUAUGGAGAUCGGUUGCUCGAAACCAUUGAGUCUACUGUCAACGAAUUCUAUAAGAAAGAGAAAAGCAACAGCAGUAGCAAUGACAGUAAUGAUUCAAUAAAGAGAAGAAGGGAUACAAACAGGGACUCUAAUGCAAAUUUAGAGGAUGAUGACUUCACCAGAAGUACUGGUAGAUCAAAGAAGGUAGCAAAAGAGCCGAACAAAAUCGCCGAUAUUACUAAUUAUAUAGAGCCAGGUUAUUACAACCAUGGUGUAGAUGAUGACCAAGAUCUUUAUGAUUAUGAUUUUGAAAUGAAUGGCUCAGAUAUGAAGGCUAAUGAGAAUGGAGGAAGAGUGCUUCCCCGAUGGUCAGCACCUGGAAACGGGAUGCGAUCUUGAUUGUAAAAUGUUUACAGGGUCAGAUGGCAAUUAUUUGUUAUCCAUCUAUGUAGCUGUUUUUUCAAUGUGUCAGAUACACAACUUGUUAAUGGGAAAGUUUUUUUUUUUUAAUAAAAAAAUGUUUUCAUCCGCUGCAAGAGUCCUUUCAUUGGACGAUGCACAACGUGAGAACUUCUUAGCC